AUGGCUGAUGACACGCUCACAGGUGUGCUGUGGAUGCCCAUCUGCUUCCCUGCUAAUGAGGACGCUCAGCAAGAUUCCACGCCACCUCUGCUUGACCAGCGGUCAUGGUAUGGCCACCUCUACCCGGUCACCAAGCCUGGCAAGUACCUGUGCAUGCUCUAUGCUCUCUUUGGGAUCCCGCUGAUGUUCCUGGUUCUCACGGACAUAGGUGACAUCCUGGCCACCAUCUUCUCCGAGUCCUACAAUCAGUUCCGAAAACUCCCUUUGCUCCCUGGCGCCCCCUCUGAGGGGUGCCCUGGGCUGCGCUGCAGGAGGAAGCCUCAGGCCGAGCCCCCGGAGGCCGCCCGGACCAUCCCUCAGAUCGUCAUCAGCACUGAGGAGCCCCAGGGCCCCAAGCCCGGCAAGCGCCCCUCAGUCCCAGGCAGAGCCUCGGAGCUGUUGGAGAGGCUCCUGUCCCCACAGGAGAAACAGAGCCUGCAGGCCCCGGGCCCCGGGGCCAUGGAGAGGAGCAACUCGUGCCCAGAGCUGGCGCCGGGGCGGCUGUCUGCCUCCAUCCUCAGCAACCUGGACCAGGUGGGGCGGCCGGUGGAGAGGCUGGACGUGCCCCUGGCUGCCAUCGCCCUGGUGGUCCUGGCCUACAUUUCCUGUGCCGCCGCCCUCAUCCCCAUCUGGGAGACCAAGCUGAACUUCGAGAGCGCCUUCUACUUCUGCUUCAUCACCCUGACCACCAUCGGCUUUGGGGACACCCGGUUAGAGCACCCCGCCUUCUUCCUGUUCUUCUCCCUGUACCUCAUCAUCGGCAUGGAGCUGGUCUGCAUCGCCUUCAAGCUGCUGCAAGCCAGGCUCCUGCGCGGCUGCGCGGACCUCAUGCUCUUCCUGGCCCAGGGCAAGCUCUGCCGCCUCGUGCGAGAGUGA